CGGCAUGCAGAAGAUGCCGCGCAUGGCAGCGAAGAAGAGGCGGAUUUGUGGUCCCGGCUGCUUGGUGUUUCCCUGGCGCUCUCGCUUCCCCUCUUGGAUUUGCUGCUGGGCUCUAAUCUGCUGUCAGGCGGCGCGGACUGGGGAUGCUGUUGAGACUUCCUCCAGCGUGCAGCUGCCUCAGUGUCAGGAGACAGAUUACCACUAUGAAUACACAGAAUGCGAUAGCAGUGGAUCCAGGUGGAGGGUGGCUGUCCCAAAUCCGUCGGCGGAGUGCUCUGGGUUACCUGACCCUAUGAAAGGAAAAGAAUGCACUUUUUCAUGUGCGUCUGGUGAAUACCUAGAAAUGAAGAAUCAAAUGUGCAGUAAAUGUGCCGCUGGGACGUAUUCCUUGGGCACUGGGAUCAAGUUUGAUGAAUGGGAUGACCUGCCAGCAGGAUUCUCCAAUGUGGCAACUUUCAUGGACACGGCUGUCGAAUCAGCUGAGAAUAAAGCCGAUAGCUGUGACAACUCUUCGUGGACUCCUCAUGGGAAUUACAUAGAGUCCAACAGAGAUGACUGCACUGUUUCUCUAAUCUAUGCUGUGCAUCUGAAGAAAUCUGGUUCUGUCUUCUUUGAAUACCAAUAUAUUGACAAUAACAUCUUCUUUGAGUUUUUUAUUCAAAAUGAUCAGUGCAAAGAGAUGGACUCCACGGCCGACAAAUGGGUGAAAUUAACAGACAACGGCGAAUGGGACUCUCAUUUUGUAGCUUUGAAACCAGGGGCUAAUAUAUUAUAUUGGAGAACAACGGGGAUUCUUAUGGGUUCUAAAGUGGUGAAACCUGUUCUGGUGAAAAACAUCACAAUUGAAGGAGUUGCAUAUACAUCUGAAUGCUUUCCAUGCAAACCUGGUACAUUCAGUGAUAAGCCAGGGUCUUCCAAUUGCCAGGUGUGUCCCAGAAAUACCUACUCAGAGAAAGGAGCUAAGGAAUGUACCAACUGUAGCGAAGAAACACAUUAUGCAGAUGAAGGAUCCAGCCAAUGUACAGAGCGUCCUCCUUGUACGAACAAAGACUUUUUCCAGAUCCAUACACUGUGUGAUAAGGAAGGAAAGACUCAGAUAAUGUACAAAUGGAUAGAGCCUAAAAUCUGCAGGGAGGAUCUUCCUGAAGCGUUGAAACUGCCUCCUUCUGGAGAGAAGAAGGAUUGUCCGCCAUGCAACCCUGGGUUUUACAACAAUGGAUCAUCUUCCUGCGCUCCUUGCCCUCAGGGCAUGAUUUCGGAUGGAACAAAGGAAUGCAAGGCCUGCCCUGCUGGGACUGAACCAGCUCUCGGGCUUGAAUAUAAAUGGUGGAACGUUCUGCCAGUCAAUAUGAAGACUUCUUGUUUUAAUGUUGGCAAUUCAAAGUGUGAUGGAAUGAAUGGCUGGGAGGUGGCUGGUGAUCACAUCCAGAGUGGGGCAGGGGGCUCUGACAAUGAUUAUCUUAUCCUGAACCUGCAUAUCCCAGGAUUUAAACCUCCAACUUCGGUGACAGGAGCAACCGGGUCAGAACUAGGACGAAUUAGUUUUAUUUUUGAGACCAUCUGUUCUGCAGAUUGCGUGAUGUACUUUAUGGUGGAUGUUAAUAGAAAAAACACGAAUGUGGUGGAAUCCUGGGGCAAGACGAAGGAGAAACAAUCUUACACUCACAUUAUCUCCAAAAAUGCUUCCUUCACAUUCACAUGGGCCUUCCAGAGGACAAACCGGGGCCAAGAUAGCAGGCCAUUCAUACACGACGUGGCAAAGAUCUACUCGAUAACAGUGACCAAUGUGUUGGAUGGAGUUGCCUCGUCUUGCCGGGCCUGCGCACUGGGGUCUGAACAGUCUGGGUCAUCCUGCGUCCCCUGUCCUGCUGGACACUACAUUGAGAAGGAAACCAACCAAUGCAAGGAGUGCCCAGCCAACACAUAUCUGUCCAUACAUCAGGUGUACGGCAAAGAGUCUUGUAUCCCAUGUGGGCCUGGCAGUAAAAGCAACAAGGACCAUUCCACCUGCUUCAGUGACUGCACGUUCUCUUACCUCAGGGACAACCAGAGCCUGAAUUAUGACUUUACCAACCUCAGUGGGGUGGGGUCAUUAAUGAAUGGACCCAGCUUUACAUCCAAAGGGACAAAGUUCUUUCAUUUCUUUAACAUCAGCCUGUGUGGGAAUGAGGGAAAGAAGAUGGCGAUUUGCACAGACAAUAUAACAGAUGUCACGGUAAAGGACAUGGUAGCUGAAUCAGAAGACUCUUCAAGCUUGGUGGGAACUUUUGUAUGCCAGUCUACGAUCAUCCCAUCAGACAGUAAGGGGUUCAGAACAGCACUGGCUCUGCAGUCCAACAGCCUUGCUGAUACAUUCUUAGGAGCUACGGUUGAAACCACUCUGGGAAAUAUUAACAUUGAAACAGAAAUGUUUCCAUCUUCCCAAAGGACAAUACCUGAUGUGAAUUUCUUUUUCAAGUCUUCUACACUUACAACCCCCUGUGAAAACGGACGUGCAACUGUUGUGGUGGUGAGGUGUAAUCCCACCAAACCAGGCCAAGGCGAUAUUUCAGUCCCCAGCACAUGCCCUGUUGGCACCUGUGAUGGAUGCACCUUCUACUUCAUGUGGGAAAGUGCAGAAGCCUGCCCUUUAUGCACAGAGCAUGACUACCAUGAGAUUGAGGGAGCUUGUAAAAAGGGAUUUCAGGAAACCUUAUAUGUCUGGAAUGAGCCAAAGCAAUGCAUGAAGGGGAUUGCCUUGCCUGAGAAACAGGUCAGCACCUGUGAAACCAUGGACUUUUGGUUAAAAGUUGGAGCAGGUGUUGGUGCAUUCACAGCUGUGCUGCUCAUAGCCUUAACCUGCUACUUCUGGAAGAAAAAUCAGAAGUUGGAGUAUAAAUAUUCCAAAUUAGUGAUGACAGCUAACUCGAAAGAGUGUGAGCUUCCAGCUGCUGACAGCUGUGCUAUAAUGGAAGGAGAAGAUAACGAAGAGGAAAUAGUAUAUUCAAAUAAACAGUCAUUGCUGGGAAAGCUGAAGUCAUUGGCAACAAAGGAAAAACAAGAUCGUUUUGAAUCUGUUCAGCUGAAAUCUUCAAGAUCACAAAAUAUAUGAGGAUUAAAUACUACCUUCAAAGAAAAAAAUCUGAUUUCUAUUUUUACAGGACCACAUUUUAAACAUAUUCCUGC